UCAAUGUUUCGGGAAUGCAAUACUUGUUGAUGAUCAUUACCGCGAUCGUAAUCACAACGAUUAUCGAAAAAACGGCUCCUUGCAGUGAAGUGUAUUAAAUUUCAUAUCGUACAAGAUGAUAAUAUUAUAUUGUUUCGCAUUUUUGUCGUCAUUUAGUAUCAAUUUUUGUAAAGGGUGUGACAAAAGUAUUACUACAGUUAGUGGAACUCAUGCUCCGAAACAACUGUGUUCGGGAGAUCUAAUUUUUGAAGACGAUUUCGAAGAAUUGGACCUUAGAAAGUGGCAGCAUGUACAAACCCUUGGCGGAGGAGGUAAUUGGCAAUUCCAAUGGUACACUAAUAAUAGAAGCAAUAGUUACGUGGAAGAUGGUAUUCUGCAUAUAAGACCAACUUUGGUAGCUGCCGACCAUGGAAAACAUUUUCUACAUUCUGGAACAAUAGAUAUCAAUGGAGGAACUCCGGCGGACCAGUGUACCAAUCCAAAAUGGAAUGGUUGUACUCGCACUGGUACCCGAGAAAUAGUACUGAACCCAAUAAAAGGCGCGUAUAUACGGACUGUAAAUUCAUUUUCUUUCAAAUAUGGGAAGCUGGAAGUGAGAGCCAAAGUACCAUUGGGAGAUUGGUUGUGGCCAGCAAUAUGGAUGAUGCCGAGAUGGAAUCAAUAUUCCUCAUGGCCUGCUUCUGGUGAAAUCGAUAUAUUGGAAAGCCGAGGAAACAGACACUUCGUGAAAUUUGGAGAAGAAAUAGGUGUUGAGCAAGUAGGAAGUACUCUACAUUUCGGACCAGAUUCCAAGCAUGAUGUCUACUCAUACACAAAAUUUUCGAAAAACGAUAAAAACGGAUGGAACACCAAAUUUCAUAAGUUCCAAUUGGAGUGGACACCAGAAAAAAUAUCAUUCUCUAUAGACGAUGAUCUGUUGGGGACUGUGGUUCCUCCAGAUGGUGGUUUUUGGGAGUUGGGAAAAUUCAGCGAGACAAAUUUUGAAAAUCCCUGGAGAAGGAAUUCCAAAAUUGCGCCCUUUGAUUCGGAAUUCUACAUUAUCAUCAAUCUAGCUGUGGGGGGAACAUCUUUUUUUUCGGAAUACGGGGAAAACUCCCCGUAUAAAAAGCCAUGGAAGAACUCUUCCGGCCGCAAAGCUGUAACCGAUUUUUGGAAAGCUCGCGAAGAAUGGUUACCUACUUGGAAUAUGCAUACUGACGACAGUCAUUUUCAAGUCGAUUAUGUCAAAGUAUGGGCUUUAUGAAAAAGUAGUGAAGUGUUAUGGAUGUAGGAAGUUGAUGCUGAAUCAGUUGAUUUUAUUAUUUUUAGGAAUAUAUUUCAUAUAAUGCUCCAAAUACACAACCUUGUGGUACACCAUAAAUUGUGACGUUUGAAUACCCUCAAUAUAAGUGAUGAAGGAA